CAUUCCAUUACAGUACACGGGGAGUUCUUCUCAAUACGUCGCGGAUGUUGUAUGCCCAAUUAAACUUUACGCAGGCUGCAAGUAGUACUUAGUUUGCCAGUAGGCGCCGAAGGGAAAGGUUCGACAGAGGAGUGGCUGGCUGCAACUCUUUCAAGUACACCGCAACAAAACUGCUUUCUGUCGUGAUUUCGAACUAGAAAACGGUACAAACCAGCCAAAGCCAACAUGAUUAAAUUUCUAGAGAACACUUGGUAUAGCGCGAAGAGACUGGCUGACGGUUAUACCAAAGACGUUAAGAGAGAGACCCAGAAGUACCAGACUCUACGAGAUCUAGACCUAUUCGUCCUGGAUAACUCGAUCCGUGAGAGCACAGUGGGCCAGCUGCGCGGUCAUACUCUGGAGGAUAAAUGGAAGGUGUAUGAUGAGGUGAAACGAUGUGGCUUCACUAAUGUUAUCGUGGCCUCCUUCUCCCACAUGACACGCGUAGAUGACGUCUUCGUCAAGCAGUUGGUGGAGAAGGGAGAGGACCGUAAAGGACUCUACGCUUUCUCAGAGAUAACCGAAGGUGCGAAAAAUCGGAUACCGAACACCGAGAAGAUUCCUGUGGGAUUGCAAAAGAUGAAGGAGACGGGUCUCUGGAACGCAAUCCUGGAGGUAGACCUGAGUGACGGAGUCUACGACUUCAGUAAAUUCACCAUGGAUGACAUGUGCGCACUUGUCAAGAAAUGGAUCAUGUGGGUGUACGACAACCUGCAUCGAGACGCCAAGGUGUUGAUCAACCUGCGAGACAUGUCCGAUGUGAUGCCUGUGAAACCCGCCCGGGUCUUCCAGCUGGUCAAGUUCCUUGCCGAGAUGCCAGAAGAUGUCCGGCCUUUCGCUUUGCUUUUCGAAGAGGCCAGAGGCCUUUGUGUGCCAGAGGAGUGCGGCAACUGGGCCAAGUACAUCCGAAAGACCAUGGAUAUGAACGAAUGGAAGGGGAAACUGUUGGUGCACAUCCACGAGAAGUACGGUUAUGCCGACUCCUCACAGCUCGAGAGUUUGAUGUGUGGUGCGGAUGGCACUUGGGGCAGUAUCUGCAUUGAAGGCGCUGCCAUGGGCAACGCAUCAACCUGCGUCACUAUGAUGAACCUCAUCCGCCUUGGCAACAAGAAGAUCCUUAAGAGCUACAACUGCUCCUACCUUCGGAAGGCAGCCAUCAACGUGACUAGGAUCACCACCGACCGAGACCCGCACCUCAAGCAGCCGGUGUAUGGGGAGAGAGCCUUGGACUUCGUCUUGGGGCUGAAUAAGGAAGACUUUGACUUGGCUGACUUCUUUGGAGAAAAGGCGCCCAAGAGGAUCACUUCUUUGGCAUCCAACGAGAUGAUCCGUCUGCAGUUGAUUGAGCUUUACGGCAACGAUCCGCAGUUCACCCUUGACCAAGCUCACAAGAUGAAAGAAGCCAUGCUGGAGGAUCUUCGAAACAAUAGGAAGGAAGAGUACAUGAGUGAGGUGGGCCUGGCCCUCCUCUUCGACCGGGCCGGAGGCAAAGUCACCGAAAAGAUGCGUGACAUCAUCGAGAAGAUGAAGCUGAACAACGUGCACGCCGAGAGGAUGCUCUCCGAGGUACGUGAAAUCUGGGACACCUGGGACCUGAAAGACGAAGUGCAAGGUGAUGAAAUGCUGGAGUACGACUCCUUCUACAAUGGCUUCAUGGCGCCGUACUUUGCCUGCUACCGGUGCUCCGACACCCAUCAAGCUCUGCAGGCCAUUGACAUGGAUGCAGACGGGCAGGUGGAUUGGAGUGAGUUUCUGGUCUAUCUCAAGUGGGCCUUGCAUGAGUACCCCAACAUCAAGGAUACCCAGGAGCUGUUGGAUAUCGCGUUUAGGAAGGGGCUCAUCCCGGCCAUGAGGGAUGAACUCCUUAAGGACUAGAUAGAGCAUCCAGAGCAUCAAGUUAUCACAAGUCACAUCGCAAUUCAAGUCUUUAUUCAACUGACAAGCCAUGUUAUUGAUCUCUAGGUAGAAGUGACUAUCUUUAUAAAACAAAAGUAGUUCUUUAGGCAUUCUACUGAUGAUGGUCAUAGCACACAAACUGAAACGUCCAGUUAACACCUCUGGUUCUCAGAACCAAUGAACUUUCAACCUGAUCCCUAGUGGUGCAUAUUACUCUGACGUAAUGAUGACGUCAUCGGGUGUCAAAUUACAACCGAUUUUCGUUGACAAAACAAGACCAUCUUCUUUCCCCUAAAACUCUUGAACAAAAUAAUCGAUCAUGUUCAUACGUUGUAAUCAGAUUGACCAUUAUUUUAAAAAUACCCAUUUUGUAUCGUGUAAGUGAUCUCGCUUGACCUUUACUUCCGGGUCAACCGGAAGGUCAAAGUGAAUUUAAAAUACAUACAGUAGCCUCAAAAUCAAAACGAACCAAAUUUCUUCCAAACGGUUCAUGGGAUGACGAUAAAACAUAGACGGACCUUGAACCCUCAUCCGAAGAUGCUUGGCAAAAUCAAAUUACAAGGGUAACCUCAAAAUAUCAAAAAAUAAAUUAUAACUUUAUAACGGAAUAGAGUUUUGCUCUCAUUUUUAGCUAUGUUUUAGACCUUGACUCUGGCAAUUUGAGUCCCAGGCGCAAAGCUAUUUGACCUUUACUUCCAGUUUUACCGGAAGUGCAAUGAUAAUUUAAUGUAACUUGAAAACGGGAGCAUUUUACUUCAGUUACAUAAAUCGUGCAAAUAACUAGUGAAUAAUGUCAAACAAAUAUGCCUAUGCCUAUGCCAACUUCGAAAGAUUUGUGACAAAGAUACAUGCCAAAGAGGCAAUAAGGAAAGACGUUUACAAACCGGGAUUUGGGGAAAGAACAUCAAAGAAAAACUAGAGGUUGUAUAAACAACCACACGGUGUUGGGCCAUGGAUUACCGCAGACUUUGCCACACACAUCAACUCAAAAUAUGCAUGUUUAAAUCCAU